UAUAUCCCACUCCCAUACAACCAGCCCUCUGGCACCCUCCAGCAGCUAAACACCAAGUCCACUGGCAACCUGCUCCAGCUCAUGAACCUCCAACUCCCAAACAGCAAGCCUGCUAGCACCCGCCAGCUUACUUACAUUCAGCCAGCUAGCAACCCCCAGGUCAAAUCUAUCCAGCCUGGUGGGACCCGGCAGCUUACAUACAUUCAGCCCACUAGCAACCCCCAGGUCACAUCUACCAAGCCCGCUAGCACCCGCCAGCUUACAUACAUCCAGCCUGCUAGCAAUCCCCAGGUCACAUCUACCCAGCCCGAUAGCGAACUCAAGUUCACAAGCACGGCUGUACUGACGCCAGCACUGAAAGUGUUGACCCCAGGCCCCAUCUCCUUGAACAAGGCCCAACAAUUGAAGGAGCUGUCACCCCCCCGCUGUCUGCAUUACGUUAAGACGGUGGUGCCCAAGGGCAGCAAACGCCGCAUGAGACGGUCAAGAUUCACGAGAAACAGGCAGGCGCUUGAAGAAAGGUGUAAUAAAUACAAGAAAGAGGUUCUGAGAAAGAGGAGAAUAUAUCGAGAUCUCCAAGGGAAGAGAGAUGGACUGAUUGCAAGAGCUGCAGCGAAAGUGGCCGCUCAGUUGGCUGCAAAGUAUCCCAGGGCCCUCGCUGAAGCGGAGGCAGAGAGCGAUGUUGAAGGGGAGAAAAAAACAAUGCCUGAAGAAGUGAUUAAGGGGAAACUAAAGAAGAAGCUUGAAGAGUUCAACCUGAAGAUGAAGCGGAAAUCGACGCAACAAACACCAACAUAAACUCAAAGGCAGUUUGUUAUCUUCACUUGGCAUCAUGAGCUCAUCUCCCACUAGAAUAGAACCUGCUGCUGACCCAUCCAGACCCUAUGGACAUUAGUUGGCUUACAUUGUUACCUAUCAUCCAUUUAUUGAUUUGUAAUGAUGCUAACAAAGGAUUUGUUAUCUUUGAGCCACAUCCUUUAAGGCAACAUAUUGAAGAAUCUUUUUCAGUGUAUAUUCAGAUUGGAUUUAUAUGUAGUAGCAUGGGUACGGUCAGGGGCUUUUCUUGAAAACGUGAUCUGACUUGCAAAAAUGAUUCCCUAUAUAGGCAUUUAGCUUUAAUUAGGGCCUGGAGAUUUUCCUAGGCUGGUUAUUUGGUCAGGAAAAACUCUUAACCCAUUUCUGUGGAUCCUCUCUCACUGUGUAUAUAUACAAAUAAAGAGUUAUUUUAUUUAUUUAUUUUUCUUAAAAAGUAACUUCAAAAUGGAAGUCAUGCUGAUGAUCUAAACUAUGCUCCACACUCCGUCCUGUUGGUGGCAGUAUUGGAAUUUGAAUCAUAACAAGGUGGGAAAAAAAUCUUCAGAAGCAGGUACAGCAGAAAAAUAAAAUAGUCUUUGUCCUUGGCUAGCUAGAUCGUUGCUUUUGUACUAGGUAUUAUAUUCAUUUUUAUGCAAUUGCGUGGAACUUGUUUGACGCCUCAAAAUCUAAAAUGACAUGGCGAACAUAAUGAGAUGGUACCCUCUUUAAGGCCUAAGACGAGCGCGGGUGAGGUUGCAGACGAGUGAACCUGAAGAGUCAUCCCAGCUCAGACACGCUGGAAGAUAACAUGCCAAAUGGAACCAGAGAGUUACAGUCUGGUGCUUCCUCUGCUAUGAGCUACAUUAUGGAUCCCUCUGCCAGAGACUGGAGCAAAGGCUCAUUGAGGGGUAGCAGUGGUCCCUUCUCCCCAGACACAGAUGGGGACGUUGAUGGAGACCCUGUGCAGCCCAGUGUGGACCUGGAACUAGCUCGUAAGAAGAAGGAGCUGGAGGUCAUAGAGGAGAAGAUAGCUCGCAAGAAAGCUGUUCUUGCUACACGACAGCUUAAACACGGAGCUAAGGACAUGCCUAAAAAACAGACUGCAUCCACAACAGUGAAGGGCAUCGCUAAACAGACCAAGAUAAACAAUACAAUAUUCAAAACAUACAACCAGGUCACCGACAAGUCGUCACGCGUAUGCCUACCUCUUAAACGGAGGGUGCUGGACAUUCUACGUAAGUUCAGAAGAACACCGGUAAGGCACCUACUGCGUAAGACGAAGAAACAAAACAAGAUGCGAGCAUUGGAGCUGAUGAUUAGCGCUCCCCUAGAAAAUGAAGAGGCCCAUCCUCUGAGACUGAGAGUGAAGGUUUUAAUGAACCAGCGACGCUCUCCCAACAAUGAGGUGGUUCCUGAUGAUAAACAGCAUAAUCCAACCAUUCAGAGGCCAGUUCAUUCACUCAGGACACAGGAGAAAGACAUAGCAGCCACAGGCUUCCAGCGCUUCCUCAAUGUCCUCAAUGAAGGUGUGGACCUCAACAAGCUCUCAAAGAUCGUCAACGAAGAAAAUGAGCUACUCAUUGUGGGCGAGGAGCUACCACAAGUUUGGCCGACUCUGCUCGAGGGUCAUGUUGACUACAGCAGUAGGUCCAAGUCUUCUCCAUUUGAGGAGAAGAAGGUGAGGCUUGAGGAUGAGCAGCGGUACGAGCAGAUGCAGACCCUGCUGGAGAUCGUUGGGCUGGACUUGGGGGUUGAGGAGUUGGGUCGGCUGACAGACAGGACCAAUGAUAGGCUGUAUGGGAAGAUGGGAGACUUGAAAAGAAAGGAGAAUGAGAAGGGAGAAGAGAAAAAGGAGAGCGAGCCUUCAUUUAAACAUCUCAGUACUUCCUCAUUACCAUCAGACAGUGCCAGCCCCCUUCUAAACCAGCACUCAAACAUGACCGUUGAAUACAGCAGCUCUAGUAACAGGGUAUGUGACAUAGAGAGGGACAGAUCUGAGAGGGACAGAUCUGAGAGGGACAGAUCUGAGAGGGACAGAUCUGAGAGGGACCGGCACCGACACUCUGGUACCAGAGACAAGGACAGAGACAGGGAGGAGGAUAUAGUCAGAGAAAUGGAGAUAUCUGAGAGAGAUGGGCACAGAGAGGACAGAGCCAGAGAAGGGGACAGUCCUACGAGAGAGAGAUCCAGGCAAAGAUGCUCUAGUACCAGAGACAAGGACAGAGUCAGAGAAAGGGACAGAUCUGAGAGAAACCGAAAGGGAGACUGGCACAGACACUCUAGUACCAGAGAGAGAGACAAUGACAUACCGGUAGUCAGAGAAACAAACAGAUCAGAAAGGAACAGAGAUAAAGACGGGGGCAGAGACCCAGAGAAGGACUGGGACGGAGGCCAAGAGAGAGACCGGGACAGAUCUAGGAGAGAUGGGGGCAGAUACAGAUCUGAGAGAGACGGGGACAGAGACCCAGAGAAAGGCAGGGACGGAGGCCGAGAGAGAGACCGGGACAAAUACAGAUCUGAGAGAGACAGAAACCGAGCGAUAGACAAGGAUAUAGAAAGGUGGCUGCAAAGGACCAAAGACGGAGACAAACGUUCUAGGACCAGUGACUGGGACAGCGAGAGCGACUGGAACAGCCACUGUAGUACUAGAGACUGGGACAGGGAGAGAUCUGAGAGGGAUAGGUAUGGGGAUGAGUCCAGGGAAAGCUCCAUUGAGCUCUACUCAUACUCCAUGGACCCUGUAUUCCCUGUUUCUCAUCCCCAUGCAUCUAUGAUGGCAAACUACUCCCCCACCCAGUACUCUCAGUAUAUGACGUACCACAGCAGCCCCUACACCAUGGCCUUCCCUCCAGGGUGGGGUUAUCCCCCUGGCACCAUGCCCCCUGGCACCAUGCCCCCUGGCACCAUGCCCCCUGGUAUUAUGCCCCCUGGUAUUAUGCCGCCUGGUAACAUGCCGCCUGGUACCAUGCUUCCUGGUGUUAUGCUCCCUGUUACCAUGCCACCUGGAAUCAUGCCAGCUGGUGCCAUGCUGCCUAUUAACAAGCCCCGCCUACCUAACCCCCCUGGGUAUCCACCCAACACCAACUUCCCCCCAUAUUACUCUAAUGGCACAACAGCCUUAAACCAGACAUACACCAAGCCUGCUAGCAACCUCCAGCUCUCAUCUACCCAGCCUGCUAGCAACCUCCAGCUCUCAUCUACCCAGCCUGCUAGCAACCUCCAGCUCUCAUCUACCAAGCCUGCUAGCAACCUCCAGCUCUCAUCUACCCAGCCUGCUAGCAACCUCCAGCUCUCAUCUACCCAGCCUGCUAGCAACCUCCAGCUCACAUCUACCCAGCCUGCCGGCACUGCAGCAGUCUUGCCCCUCCUACGUAACCCCCCCAUUUGUCACAAGAAACUAGCUCCCUGGUAUAAUGAAAAUAACAAAGCCCUGAGGCGAGUUUCCCGACAAAUGGAACGGAAAUGGCGCUCCACCAAUUUGGAAGUCUUCCGACUAGCUUGGGAAGACAGUAAAGCGCAAUAUCGAAAAGCCCUCAAUGCCGCUCGAUUAGCCUACUUUUCCAAACAGAUUGAGGAGAAUAAAAACAAUCCAAAAUGUAUUUUUGAUACUGUUGACAAGCUAACUAAAAAGCAGCAUUCUCCAAGUGAGGAUGGCCUUCACUUCACCUAAGCAGUUACAUCCUGCCUGGUUGGCCCUGUCUGGGGGUAUCUUCGGACUGGGCCACAUUGUCUAAGCACUGGGUUCUGUCUAAGCCCUUUGUGACAUUUACUGAUGAAAAAGGGCUUUAUAAAUAAAUUCAUUUGAUUGGUUGGUCUUAACUCAGAGAUACACAUACACCCAGCCCUCUGGCAACUGCAAGGAAAAGAGACAGAAGCAUCCAGAAGCCGUAGCGAAAGUGAAAAGAAUAAACAUGGAAGAGACAGAAAUAUGCAGAAGAUGUAGUGAACGUAUCCUGUCAGAUGGUGACAAAGAACUCCCCCUCUGAACCAGGGUGAAUGAAGAAAGCAAAGGUAUUUUCAUGAAGAGUUAUCACAAUCAUCAAAGGAAGCGUAUGUGUAAGAGGAAGAGGCGGAAUGAGGCUCACCAGCACAAAAUAAAGUGAUUGCUUGCAGAAGCAGCAGGGAAAGUGGCUCCUCGGGUGGCUGUAAAGGAUUUCCCCUUUGGAGAGGAGCCCAAGAUCCAGAAGGAGUAACAAUGAUCGAUGGGGAGAAACUACAUGCUGACACUGUAGAAGAAGUGGUCCCUAAGAAGCUAGAUUUGUAAUGACACUAGCAAAGGAUUUGUUAUAGUUUAACCUCAUCCUUCAAAGUUUCAUGUUGAAGCUAUUUUCAGUGUAAUGUUUUGUAUUGUAUGUGGUAUGGGUAGGGCCAGUGAUCUUUCUUUACUAUUAUAUCUGCUCAGCAAACGCAUUUUCUCUCCCGUUAUAAACCAAAUCAUAAGGGCGUAGAGUUUACUUGAUCUGGUCAUGUGGUUAGGAAAGACCCUGGCCCUGGGCAUAGUACAUGUGUGUCAAUGCAAUGAAAAGACCAUUGAUGACAUGCUUGCAAGUUCUCAUGCCUGAUAGCAAGAAAACUGCCCGUGUUUCAUUCCCCCACUUCAAUCUAUAGAUCAUCUUUUACUUUGUAUAUAUUUAAUUGAAUAAAAGAUUGUCUAAUAUUGUAA